CAGCAAACAACGGGCCAGACUUCGGAGGUAACAAGAGAUUUUAGAAGUUGUCGAGUCGUUGUGGCUGUAAGCUGUUAAGAUGAUGCAGUCCAUGAUGUCUGUUCUAGUUAUGCUCCUACUGUGGACCUGUCUAAUCAGUAUAUGCUCGGCUCAGAUGGGAUGUCAUAACCCAUGUCCCUUGUCAUAUUAUCCGGUGUGUGGUUUUGAUGACGUCACGUAUAGCAACAUGUGUAUGUUUCAUAACCAGAGGAGGUGUGUCAAUCCGCAUCUAGCUGUACGUCAUAGAGGAGUAUGUGGAGAAAGCAGAGACUGUUAUGACAACGAAGAUGGCAAAUGGUGGGAAAUGAAUUCCAGAAAAGAGAAUUGGAGGACUUGCAAAGAAUGCACAUGUGUCGGUAAAGUGUGGGCAUGCUCACAAUGUACCACAGGUAAAACGUAUUGUCCUGAACGCUCAUGCCCAUGGCCUUGUUACUAUGGUUACCGUGUAGAAACUAAUGGAUGCCAAAGUUGUGACUGUAUGCCCCGUAAAUACUGGUACCUCGCCGUGAAGGGGAACAACCACUAUAAUUGGCGACAAGCAUACUGGUACAGACGCCGUCAGGGCAGGCAGGGAUAGAGAUGAGCCACGACAGCCUGGCAGAUUACGGCCUAGAAAGAUGUUUUUUAUGAUUUAUAUUUUAUUCUAUUUUGGUUUAUGUCUUGGUCAUAUUAUUAUGGAAUAAAUAUUAUUAAAUACUUUCAGUACACUAUGUUGUAAUUUCUUUUAAAAUACGUAAAUUAAAAAAAAAAACUAUUCCUAAUAAAUGGAUAGGGCUGGGGUCGUUAACUGUACAUUGAUUGAUGAAGAAAAUACAAAUGUACAAGAGAUACAAAAAAUUAUUAUUACUAUUAUUACUAAUAUUACUAAUAUUACUAUUAUUGCUAUUAUUACUACUAUUAUUCCCAUUAUUAUUGUUGUUGUUUUUAU